AUGUCGACCGUGAUCGUCUCGAGCUUCUUGGCCUCGGCCGACCUCAUUGACGGACGCGUGUACGUCGACCACUACGGCAACGCACCGAUCCAAUGCGUUGCGUGCUUUGGCUGCGGCACCGAGGUCAAGCACAUUAUCGAGGGCCUCGAGAUCACGCGGGAGCUGCUCCUGUCCGGGUGCCACGCCAACACGACCAAGACGAGCAACCACUGGACGCCGCUGCAUUGGAGCUGCUUCAACGGCAACCACGAAAUGACGUCGCUCCUUCUUCGGCCGAGCAGCACGCUCACUGUCAAGCUCGCGCCGCAGCAGUUUGCCAUCCCGCUCGUCCAGUCCCAGGAAGGGCUCUUCCCCGUCGACCUCGCGGGUCGCCUCGCGCUCAAGCUCCGCGGCGAGAUGCACCGUCUCCGCCACUGCAGCGAGACAACGUGCUUGAACGACAGCGACGAUGCUAGCCACGCGUUCGAGUACCGGACGUGGCGGCUCCGGCUCGACCACAUUCGCGUCGUCCAAGUGCUUGUCGCGGACUUCGUCUACAUGGCCGCGCGCCCCAACGAGUACGCUGCGAUAUGCAACGUGCGCAGCCAGCCGCCGCACCAAGCCAAGCGAACGCUGGCCAUGUUCACCGCCAGCGACGUCCUUCGGUAUGGGCAGCACCUGCUCUUUUGGUGCGCGGGCCUCAACUUGCUCGACGACGUCCAGCUCCUCCUCGGCCUCCGAUUCCAAGAUGUGUCCGCCUCGAGCUUGAACCCGCUGUACACAGUCGCGAUGGACGACGGCCGCAUGCACUCGGCGCUCCAUGUGGCGUGUGCGAUGGGGCUGGCAGAGAUGGUGCAGCGCCUCUUGGGCCACCUAUCGCACGCGUCGAUGCGACUGGCGUCGCUGCGCGGAUGGACCAACGACCGGCUCGAGACGCCUCUGUUUGUGGCCGUGGUGCACAACCAUGUGCCCGUGGUCCAGAUUUUUUUGGACACCUUGUCGUCGGACGAGCUCGCGGCCCAAGUGCGCAUCGCGAACGUGGAAGGCGCGACGCCGCAGCACGUGGCCACGGAAAGCGUCCGCCAGUUGCUCGGGCUACCGAUCCGAUCGAUCUUUCGCUUCGAGUACGUGUUGAUCUUUGACCGGGACCACGCGUCGUUCCGCAAGACGCUCGUGGAUGUCUUGGAGGAAGAGAGCGCGCGGGCACCGUCGGCCGUCGUCACGCCCGCUGGCACGCGCCGAGAUGGGCAGACAGUCCACGACGUUAUCGCGGUCGGCGCCAUGGAGCUCGUCAUCGCCGAGCGCGCGGAAGAGAUGCAUCUCAAGCUACGGAAACGUGGCAGUCUUCUGCGCGAGCCAUUCGAAAUGAAAGCCAAGACCGGGUUCGAGCCGUUCAUUUCGCUGCACCGGCAGCAGGUGGUUCUCGAUAUCAUCCGCAACAACGUCAAUGUCGGCCGGCAUGUGCGCGCGCAUACGAUUCGCGAUAUGUUUCCGCUCCACGACAGCCGCGGCUGCCGCGUCAUCCAUGCGCGCUGGCUCGCCCCAAGCCGAGCGCGGCUUUCGGUGACGCUCACCGAAUUUGUGACCGAAGGCCGUGGGCACAACUACAGCGCGCUGUGGGCGAUUCUGUCGUACUUUGGGGAAAAACCAGCCUUGUAUACGGGCUGGAUGAUGUUUUACACGGCGUGGCUGGUCGCGAUCGCGCCGCUGUGCAUGCUGAUCCAGGUGCUGUCGCUGGCCGGGUACGAAGGCGGUGUCUUGUACCUUGCGAUCAUCGUGUCGCUCUGGACGACGCUCAUGGUCGAGCGAUGGAAGCGGAAGCGGUCCGAGCUCCUCUGCAACUGGGGCUUGCCGCAGACAAACGACACGUCGGGCGUGUCGGCCGAGUACCACGGCGACUUUGUCGUCGACAUGCGCACGAACGAAAUGGACGUGCGGUUUCCGUCGACGCUGCAGCACCUUCGCGUCGGGCUAGGAAUGCCCGCGCUGCUGAUGAUGGGCGUGAUUGCGAUCCUCGCGUUUGUGGCCUCGCGCUUGGCCAACAGUGUCGACGCCUGGAAGCCGUAUGCGCUGUGCAUCUCGUCCCUCUAUGCGAUCUUAAUGCUGAUCCUCGACGGAGCCUACACGCACGUUGCGUACUUGUUGACGCGCUGGGAAAACCAUCGCACCGUGUGUGGCUACGAGGCGAUGCUCGCCAUGAAGCUGUUUUGGUUCAAAUUUCUCAACGCGUUCAUUUCGCUCUUCGCGCUGGCCUUUGUCGACCAAGAUUUCAGCGCCCUCCGCAUGCAGCUGCUCACGAUCCUCGUCGUCCGACAGCUCAAGAACCUCGGCGUUAACUACGUGCUACCGCUCCUCCACGUGCGCUACCUCUGGCGCCGCCACGGCUACGUCCAAGCCACCGACUUUUUCACCUAUACCAACGACACAGGCGCGAUCCCUGGCCUGGAUGCAGGCGACCAAAUCGAAAACGAAAACGAAGAGGCAGUGCCUAGCGGUAUCGCCAUGCAAGCGCUCAUGUACCCCAGCGACCUCCUCCUCAACAAGCAGAUCGAUUUGAUGAUGCAGUUUGGCUACAUUACCAUGUUUGUGACCGUCUUUCCCGCGGGCCCGUUCCUGGCCGCGAUCAACAACGUGCUCGAAGUACACUUGGACGUCCAGUGCAGUCUCGAGGCGAAGCGCCGGCCGGUUUACGACUGCGACGUGGAAGUCACCACGUUCAUGUCGAUCCUCGAGUUUAUGAGCUUUGCGGCCGUGACGGUCAACUGCGGGCUCAUCUUCCUCGGGACCGACCUCGACGUGUACAUCGCGGCCUACUGGGCGCCCUCGACGCUGCUCAAGAAGGUGGCGAUUAUCUUGGUGCUGGAGCACUUUCUUUUGGGGCUCAAAGCGACGCUUGUGCUCAUGAUCUCCGACAUGCCAAGCUGGGUCGAAAAGUACUAUGCGGACUUGGACCGGUUCGAUGCGAGCCUCGAUGCCUCCAUCUUUGAGGCGGCGGCCAAGGACCGUUUGGCGCCGACGGAAGAGACAGCGCGGGAUCGAUCUGCCGACAACGACGAUGCCGACAGCUCGGCGAGCUCGUCCACGACCUCGCAAAGCACGCAGACGGCCUGUCUGCCGCCGAUCGAAGCACGCGCCAAGUCGCCGCUCGGAGCGUCGACCAAGUGUUUACGCAGUGACGUGCCUAGUACAACCGUCGUAUUGCCGUUGCUCGAGCCACUACCGUCCGCAGCGACCACGACUUCAAGUAGUGCAUCGCACGUCUGUGCCAUUUGCGAGGUGGUCGCGCAGGCGCCGCUGCCCGCCAUCCUCAAGUGCAUCGACUGCAAGGUAACGCUCUGCGCGUCGUGCGACCGAGUGCUGCAUCAACGAGACCUACCUGGGCUUCCUGGCAGCCACGUACGCGUGAUUUUGGCCGACCAUGUCGCUGGGGACGACUUCACGCGGCGCGUCGUCGACGUACAGCAAGCACUCGCGUCGCCCUCUGUCGGCAGCUCGUCGAUGGCGCCGCGAACGACCGAGACCAGUGUCGCCGCUCGUCGCUUCCGAGGCCAUCCAGAUGUGCUUGAAGCGUACUGGACCAACCAUCAGAAUGCCGAGAGUAGUUGA